AUGAAACCCAUUCGAACAUUGGGUAACCAUAAUUUAUUUAGUUACCCAGGGAAGCAAGCCGAAAGUAAAUCUGGUGAAAAAACUCAAAGAUAUAGAAGUAUGAGAAAUGUACCUGUUAGAAGUUGCAGAAAGUUCUUUUAUAACUUUUUUUUUUUUGGAGGGGGCAGGGAGUUUGAGAGUCACCUGGUGAAUUAUGUAUUCAACAAAGCCAGAACCAACCUAAAGGCACUAAUGACAAAGAUAUAUGAUUCGCCAAUUGAGGGAUAUGACCAACAAACAUUACAGUGCAUUUUCUGUUGA